AAGGAAGUAUGGGCCUUCCUGCUCUGAAUUUGCUACAUUCGUCUUUGGUUGUGUAAACAAAACGACCAAAUGAGUGUAACUGUGCGUUAGACUUUAACGUUAAACUUGAUAUUUUAAAUCUCAGUAUGUUGUAUAAAUAGCUAAAAUCGUGUCUUUUGUCGGAUUUAAUUUUCGGUAACGCGCCUCAAAUUUCCUACCGGUGAUGCAUCUGUGAAUACAAGAUAAUAAUCCUCUCACUUCUUCCGGUAACGGGCGGAAGUUUCCUCUCUUGUUUACAUUCUUCGGGAGGUCUAGCUAACUGACAAACAAAAGCGCUAGCAGCAAAAUGCAGAAUGAUGGGUAACAGGUGAUUGUCAGGUUUGUGUGUUUGUCACAGUUUCAGCUGGAUUCUCUCACUCUUGUUGUUCGGGCCAUGUCUUCAGCUCGCUGCUGGUGCUGUCUCUGGGUAACGUUACCGCUCCUCCUGCUGCGGUGGCCGGGGCUGCUGGUCGCGGCAGAGCAGGUUGCUCUGGUGGAGGUUUUCCUCGAGCAGCGGCCCGACGUGAGCGCUCUGCUCCAAGGGGAGGUGGUGGAGUCCAGCACGGGCAGCGGGAUAUCCGAGCACCGGGACGAGGACGGCGAAGAGCUGGAGGGAGAGCUGGUCCUGGUUCAGACUGAGGAGACGCAGGUGAGUGGAGGAAAAGGAAAUGACGACACCAAAGAGCAGGAGCCAUGGAUCGGAGUGGUGCCUGUGGAGAUGGACGACAGCAAAUCCUCCACCGGGAACCAAGAGUCCUUUGCUGAUGCAAUGGUCAACAAAAUGAAGCGAGCCUUGGUCCUUGGAGCGUCGGCUCUGAUCAUUCUGGCUCUCAACCAAAACACUGUCAGGGAGAUGGAUCUGUCUCAGGUGCUGUCCAAGCCCAUCAUUGUGAUUCAGACGUCUGAAAAUGUCACCAAGCUGAUCGGAGCUCUGCUCAGGGGUCUUCAAGCGACAGCAAAAAUCACAUACAAGACCAUUCUGCAGGACAACCUGGGAGCCACGCUCACGCUGUGGUCCAGCUGCGGUCGAUCCAGAGGAGGUCGCUACGGAGAGUGGCAGGGGGUCAUCUGCACGGGAGAGACGAACUCUCAGGUCCAGAAGUACCUGCAGCAGCUGUGGGACACAGUCCUCCUGGUGGCUCUGAUCCUCAGCACUGGAGUCAUCGUUCAGGCUCGCUGGCAGUACCAGGACCAUGAGUUGAAUGACGACUUAGAGCUCCUUCCUAAACAGGAUGUCCUGAAGAGAAUGUCGUCCCUGAAGACCAAAACAUACCGUCAGCCCAAACGAUGGUGUGACCCAUCCCAGCCGGUAGAGACGGACAACUGUGCAGUCUGUCUGGAACCGUUUAAUAACAACCAGUGUCUGCGGGUGCUGCCGUGUCUUCAUGAGUAUCACAGAGAUUGUAUCGACCCCUGGCUGCUGCUGCAGCACACCUGUCCUCUGUGCAAACGCAGCAUCCUCAGCAGCGUCUGCAGAGACAGUUAACAGUCACCUCACCUCCAUCACCGCAGCAGCAGCAGCAGCAGCUCUGGGAAUCAAGUCUCUUCCUCGGUGACACUCCAGUAUCCGUUUUUUCUUUUUUUUUUAAACUGACCUCACACUUCCUUCUUCCAGCAAUGGAUUGUGGGAGCAAAUAUAAACUUCUCACAGCAGCUGGCCGAUGGCCUGGACUGUGGAGCAGUCCGAUUUUGAUGUCCGACCUUCGGGUGGGUGCAGCAGGUCUCAGACCAUACAGUGGUAGUGUAAACACAAUACUAUGAAGUACUGUACCUGUACUGUUGUGUAUGAACAGUACUUCUUCCUGGGUUCAUGUUACUGUACAAUUGUGGAAAUAUUUGUAUGUGUGAUAUACAGCAGUGAAGAUGUGUGUGUGUUUGUACUCAUGUGACUGACACACAAACACCUUCUAAUCUGUGUUUGUGCCAACGGUACAUUUGGCUUCAGCAAACACUGACGACCCGAGUGAGAAUUCAGUCAGUAGUUUCUGCAUGGACAUUCAAUGCUUUAUGGUUUUUAAGCAUGGACGUAUUGAUCGUCUGGCCAGCUUCAGUGUUCACUUUAGGUCCAAAUGAUGUCAGUGACCCACUUAUUAAGUGGACUAAAUGUGAGUUUUAAACAUAACUGAUUUCAUCUAGUGUACAAACUCGUACUAAUAAAUGUUAGUUGUAGAAGUUUGGUAGUUGUAGUCCAGAAGUAACUGCACUACAGUUGGUAGCAGGACAGUGGACAAGUGUUUCCACUUAACAUGCCUUAUGACUAAACUGCAGAGUGAAAAGAAACCCAAACCACAAACAUACUUCCUGAAUCAUACUUGGAAACUUGACUUCAGUGUACGUUACAGUAGUUGAUUUAGUUGCAGUCGCAUAGCUUUAAACAACUAGUGGUAGAGAUGUCAAACAGGCAGGUCAACAUUGUGAAGGGGCCACCACUCCGUUUUCACCUUUCUUCUCUCUCUUCUUUCAUCAGUUUCCUUCCAUUUAGAAAAUGUGUGUGAAGAAGUCUAAAUCAGUUCUGCUUCUGACAGCAGACUCAAACAGACAUACGUCAUGUGAAAACUUGUCUUCUUACUCCUCUGACAUACAGCGGCACGGCUAAAUCCUAAUACUGCAAUUUGUAGUACGUAACCAUCUUGGAUCUGGUGCAGUGCCUGUUUGCUUUGUUGUUGAGAGCUAAGUUAGAAGAUCAAUACCACUCUCAUAUCUCUACGGGAAAUAUGAAGUUACACAUAGCAGUCAUUGGCUUAGCUUAUCAGAAAGAGUGAAAUGGCCUUGUCCCGUGGCACAAAUUCACUAAUUAACUUGUUAUAACUAUGUAAAAAGAACCAAAGCAUAAAGUUCUAGCACAGUAUAACAGUUUACUUACCAAAGGUGGGUGGGUGACAAUUCAUUAAUAAUAAAUAGUUGUCCUCAUCAAAAUAAAGUAAAAAACACAUUUUAAGAAAUUGAAAUAAUAAUAAUAAUUUAAGCUCCAUCUGUGCAGCCGUACUCUUAACCACGACAGUCUACUGUGAAAAAUCGAAUUGAUUUUGGCAUUUUUGUCAGUGACGACUCAGAGUCGGAGGAUGUCAAAAACAUAGUAUUAUUGUAUUUAUUUCAUGUUUUAAUUUUUGCAAUGUCAACUCCAAAAAGCCAUUACAUGUGCUUUUUUUGUUACAAAACGCUCUGAUAGAUCUGUUCUCUUUAUAGAAAAUAGUGUGUGCAUGGCAACAUGUAGGAAGUUUGCCCACAGCUAGUCUGAGAGACACGAGGCCUCUGUGCAGCACGUGCUUCCAAACACAAACAACAGCAUCUUUAUGAGGUGGUCAUAGAUUCCUUUUUUCGAGACUUGUUUGUUACGUUUUCACGAAGGCUGGACAACAGUGGUGUGAAUUAGGUGGAUGACGUCACAUGCAUGCACUUGAAUGUUACACGCAAGCAGUAGUCACACAAGCUACUCGUACAGGACGAGUAGUAAGAGCAACGCACUCUGCCGCUGAUGUCCAGACUUGUUCACCAGGUUAGUAAUUGUUCUUCCAGCUAAAGAAGGAUCUCAGUCUCUCCAAAACUCUGGUUGUUGCUUUCUUUUAUUCCUUUGUUGUCUAUUUAAUGAUGAUGAUGUCAAAGAUCCAUCACUCUGGAUCUCAAUAAACUGAUUUGUUA